ACUUGUUGAUCCUAAACAAAACCCUCCUUCUUAUUAUCAAUACCGAAUCCACCGUAAAUUUUCAUUUUCUCCAUUGAUUUGUUUAGUCAACUCUCUCCGUUCCUUUCUUCUUCUUCUAUUUCCGGUGGUUGAUGAUUGAUAAUCUAAACGAAAGAGGAAGAUAACGGAGCAAACACUCUCUCUCUCCAAUCUCUGACGACGAAUUCAAACUUGAGACUUUUCCUCUUGAUCAUCAUCUCUGUUUGUUUUAUUUUUUUUCCUGGAUUCAAUGACGGGAUAUGGUUAAACGACUCAUUUCCGGUUCUUUCGAUCUGUAGAUUUUGCAAAAGUUUGAGUUUUUCAACAAAAAAUGCCUCACCGGACCACAUACUUCUUUCCCCGGCAGUUCCCGGAUCGUGGGUUCGAUCCGUUUUCGCAUAAAAAUGACCACGACAAGAAAUCGGCGUCCAACGUCGUCGUCGGAGAGAGUUUUGGGUUUGAGAGUAAUAAACCCAAUGGCGUCGAAGAUCCGAACAAGGAUAAGGAUCAGAUUGUGUUCUCGUCUUCUUCUAUGCUCUCUAAAAGCUCCGCCGUCUCAGAUCUCUUGACCGGCGUUGAUGAUCGGAAGUCGUCAUCGGAGAAGAAGCAUCAGCAGCAGCUUGCGGCUUUCUACGAGUGGCUGGCGGAGAAGAAAGCCACUCUCUCUCGGUCUUCGUCUACGACCGGACGCGUGAGACCCACGCGCCUCUCUAUCUCCAGCGACGCCGAUGAGGAGAGGGAGCUUCUGUUGUCGCCGGCUGAUCCUCCUCCUGCUUCGCCGUGUUCCGUAAUCGCGGCGUCGUCUUCUUCUUCCGCACGGGCGGUCAACAUGAACGAGCGGAACAUUGACCGCAGCUUCGACAGGGAGGUCUCGCUUCCACGAAUGUCGAGCGAGAGCAGCUUCGCCGGAAGUUUCUUCUCCGGGACGACGGUGGACGGAAAUUUCUCUAAUUUCUCUAGUCAUACAGAAGCAAGGGAGACCUCGACCACCACACGUGUCUCCGUGACCAAGGAGGAACGAGAAGUUGAGGCUAGGGAAGAGGGCAAAGAGCAAAGCUUAGCGCAAAAGUCAAGAGAAGGCUAUUACUUGCAGGUCACGUUAGCGAGGAGGCUAACUUCUCAAGCAAACCAAGCCGGUGAUUCUGUUCAUAUACAGAGCACAGACACUGUCUCCUACCGUUUCUGGGUAAGCGGUUGUUUAUCAUACAGUGACAAGAUAUCAGAUGGGUUUUACAGCAUAUUAGGGAUGGAUCCAUAUCUUUGGUUGAUGUGUAACGAUUCUGAGGAAGGAAAACGACUUCCAUCUCUUUUGUUACUAAAGGAGACUGAGCCGAGGGAUACAUCAAUGGAAGUGGUUUUGAUAGACAGACGUGAGGACUCUCGUCUUAAAGAAAUGGAGGACAAGGCACAUGAGCUGUAUUGUGCUUCAGACAACAUGUUAGUGCUUGUGGAGCAACUUGGCAGACUUGUUGCUGUUUCUAUGGGGGGGAAUUUCCAGGUCGAGCGUGGUGAUCUCCAGAAGCGAUGGAAACUUAUUAGCAAUAGACUCAAGGAGUUUCGGAAAUGUAUUAUUCUUCCUAUAGGUAGUCUAACGAUGGGGCUCUGCAGGCAUCGUGCCAUUCUGUUCAAGAAAUUGGCUGAUUACAUAGGUUUACCAUGUCGGAUAGCUAGAGGUUGCAGGUACUGUAAAGAGAACCACCAAUCUUCUUGCCUUGUCAAGAUCGACGAUGACAGGAAGCUUUCAAGGGAAUAUGUGGUCGACCUUAUCAGGGAACCAGGAAAUGUCCAUGAUCCAGAUUCCUCUAUCAACGGUAGUAUACAAUGUCAGAUUCCUUCACCUCUUCGGAUGAGUCAUCUUAAAAGUUUUUCCAGGCCUUGCGUGCGUACUACAUCUCCUUGUCAGACUGUAGGGUCAAAGGCUUCUUGCGCUCUUUCUGAAAACAUUCAACGUUCAGGGAGUCAAGGCCAUGUACACAAAGCAAUUGAGUUGCCUGAUAUUGCAGCGACGAUAUGUUGUGCUCAUGUUGAUCAAACCUGCUUCGCUAAGGCAUCCUCAAUGGUUUCGACCGAAUCUGUUCUUCGAGCUCUACCACUUGAUGUACCAAAACUUAGUGAAGACAAGAUUGCCUCACAAGAAACUUGCAAAGAGGAGACCUUUCUAUUAAAAGAUCCAAUUGACAACAGUGUUAUCAAGCAGCCGAAGGGAGAUUUAUCAGCUGAACCAGAGAUAGUCGAAUCUGAGACUCGUAAAGAUAUAAACGUCAGGUUACCUGUUGACGCCAUCUCACCAUACUUGACUAUUGAGCCUUCUUUGGCAUCAGAUUGGCUGGAGAUCUCAUGGAAUGAAUUGCAUAUCAAAGAGCGUGUGGGUGCUGGAUCAUUUGGAACUGUUCAUCGUGCUGAGUGGCAUGGAUCAGAUGUCGCUGUCAAAAUUUUGUCUAUUCAAGAUUUCCAUGAUGACCAAUUCAGAGAAUUUCUCAGAGAGGUUGCAAUAAUGAAACGUGUGCGUCACCCAAAUGUUGUUCUAUUCAUGGGUGCUGUGACAGAACGACCCCGCUUAUCGAUAGUAACAGAGUAUUUGCCAAGGGGCAGUCUUUUUCGCCUCAUCCAUAGGCCAGCUUCAGGGGAGUUGCUAGAUCAGAGGAGGAGGCUACGUAUGGCAUUAGAUGUGGCCAAGGGGCUCAACUAUCUACACUGUCUUAAUCCUCCUGUAGUGCAUUGGGACCUGAAAUCUCCAAAUCUACUGGUUGAUAAGAACUGGACAGUGAAGGUUUGCGAUUUUGGACUAUCCAGAUUCAAGGCAAACACUUUCAUACCAUCAAAAUCUGUUGCAGGAACACCUGAGUGGAUGGCUCCAGAGUUUCUUAGAGGGGAGCCCACAAACGAGAAAUCAGAUGUUUACAGUUUUGGAGUAGUCCUAUGGGAGCUGAUUACUUUGCAACAGCCUUGGAAUGGACUCAGUCCUGCUCAAGUGGUUGGAGCGGUUGCGUUCCAGAACAGGCGGCUUGUAAUCCCUCCCAAUACAUCUCCGGUUUUGGUAUCUCUAAUGGAAGCUUGCUGGUCAGAUGAGCCGGCUCAGCGGCCAGCAUUUGGUGGCAUAGUGGACACAUUGAAGAAGCUACUAAAGUCUCCAGUGCAGCUGAUUCAAAUGGGUGGAGACAAAGGGGUGCGAGAUGCUUUGAAUUAGCUCAUGAAUUUGAUUUUAAAAUAGAAAAAUCAGUUGAGACGAUGCCUUGCCUGGAAGAAUGGAAGGCUUUUUUUUUUUUUUC